AUGGCUGGUGAGAAUGUAGCCAGGCCCAAAGUGAACAAUAUGAUGGCUGGUGAGAAUGUAGCCAGGCCUAAAGCGAACAGUAUGAUGGCUGGUGAGAAUGUAGCCAGGCCCAAAGCGAACAGUAUGAUGGCUGGUGAGAAUGUAGCCAGGCCCAAAGGGAACAGUAUGAUAGCUGGUGAGAAUGUAGCCAGGCCCAAAGGGAACAGUAUGAUGGCUAGUGAGAAUGUAGCCAGGCCUAAAGUGAACAGUAUGAUGGUUGGUGAGAAUGUAACCAGGCCCAAAGUGAACAGUAUGAUGGCUGGUGAGAAUGUAGCCAGGCCCAAAGUGAACAGUAUGAUGGCUGGUGAGAAUGUAGCCAGGCCCAAAGUGAACAGUAUGAUGGCUGGUGAGAAUGUAGCCAAGCCCAAAGUGAACAGUAUGAUGGCUGGUGAGAAUGUAGCCAGGCCCAAAGCGAACAGUAUGAUGGCUGGUGAGAAUGUAGCCAGGCCCAAGGUUGAGGUCGCACGUGUCGUAGGAGUAGCCGGUGUGUUGAUAGACCCCAUAUGA